AAUGCGAUUUAUCCUAUAACGUUUACUGCAUAUAUCUUUGGUGAUAUACAGAUCAUUCAGAUAAUAGAAACUCAAGGUAGUUGAUCACAGAGUUCAACUCUUGGAUUACAUGAUCUAGCGACAAACAUGAUUUCAUAAAUUUUAUUUCAUAAAUAUAAUAACACACGCGAGUAACUCCGCCGUAUAUAUUCUUGAGAAACUGUGAAAAAAAAUUAAUUCUUAAAAAAAGAAUGGAUGAAUACAUUAUUUGGAUAUGUAAAACAUCAUAGUUAUGUUUCAUUUGAUGAAGUUCAUAAAUAGUUAAUGCAUGGUAUUUCUUUUGAACAAAAUUAGAGUAAGGGCCUAGGUAUGAAACUAGACUAUACAUAUACACGGUCACACUGAAAUGCUUAUCAGCAAUACUGAAGAUAUGGAUGUGUCACAUGUUGGAUUAUUUGAGGAUAAUCACUUGGUCGAAAACACUACAUAUAAUAUCAGUGAAACCUUUGAUGGUGAUUGGCAAGACUCACUAUGGAAAAAUGUGAUAGAAGAUUUCAAACAGACACAGUUCACGCUGAACGAACCAACUACAAUAGUUUUAAUGGUGUUAUAUGUGCCUAUAUUUUUAACAUCUUUAAUUGGAAAUGCAAUCGUCCUGCUCGUGAUUGUACCAAACCAAAGGAUGUGGACUGUCACAAAUAACUUCCUCGUCAAUUUAGCUGUUGCCGAUUUAUUAGUUACCCUGUUAUGCAUGCCGAUGACAUUAGCUGGAAAGGUAUACAAACUGUGGAUAUAUGGCGACGUUUUGUGCAAAAUGACCCCUUACUUGCAAGGUGUUUCAGUAACUUCAAGCACAUUUACCAUCACUGCUAUGAGUUUAGAUAGAUGUUUAGCUAUAUUGCAUCCAGUCAAAUUUCGUAAUCUUCGGACAAAACGGAAUGUUCGGACAUUAAUUUCGAUAAUUUGGUUAACUUCCAUACUUCUAAUGAUUCCAUUGCUAAUAGUUAACAAGACAAAAUCGCAGGAAAUAUUUACUAAUUUCAAAGUAACAACCUGUGCAGAAGAUUGGCAGUAUGUGGUCCAACGGAGAGCAUAUGACUUUAGUUUGUUAUUCAUAAUUUGUUUAAUACCAGCUCAAAUAGUAUUUGUCUCUUAUCUGUUAAUGGGCAAACGCCUGUGGGUUACUGAUUCUAGACUAGAUGCAAACAAUGAAAGUCGUAAAAGAGAUGGUAGUGGGCGAUUUUCCGGAAAAGGAUCAUUCAAUCAGAUACGAGCAAGUCGCAGACGAACAGCCAAAAUGUGCAUUGUAGUGUCAAUAAUAUUUGUUGUUUGUUGGUUGCCGUAUUAUACCGCAAACAUAUAUCUUGACUUUAAAAAAGACCACGAUGCAUUGGACAUUGUAUACUGGGGACUGUUAAUAGGGCAUUUACACUGUCUUACGAAUCCAAUACUAUAUUGUUUUAUGCAUAAAACAUUUAGAUACUGUGUUAAAAGGAUGCUGCCUUGCUGGAAGAAUACGUUGAUCAGAACACCCUCUGGAUAUGGCACAAAUGGUUACCAGGGUAGCAGAAUGAGUAAUCGGAUGGCAAGCAAACGAUCAGCGAGAGGCCAAAGUUACAGAUCCGCUAGUAAAAAGCACACACAUUUGUCAGCUACUUCGAGCAAUAGCUCGAACAAGUCAUCUACAAACAAUGAGCAUGAUGAAAAUGGUCAAAUUGUUGUAGAUUAUCCAGACAAUGGCAAUACUUUCAACCGAAAGAAAGUUAGACUUAUUUUUAAACGGCUUCGGCGAAAAAAUCUAUGCAACAAGUGUAACAAUGACAAUUUCAAAAAUAAUAUGAUAGAGAUUCCAGAUGCUAUCUCAGAAGAAAGUCAAUGUCAUAAUGCAUCAACUACUUUCAAGAAUUAAUAAAUUUAAUGCAACUGUA